AUGGCCUCCCGCAACUGCCUCUCGAGUACCAAGUACUCCAAGGGAUCGAAGCAGCCAAACAAGAGGAGCGGACACGAAGUAGACAUACUCGCCGAGCUUCGAUUGCAUCUAGAACGGAUGAGGGAGGAGCCACUCAGUGAAUGGGAACCAGAGGCGAAAAAGCUUGCGGUCAUCGCUUUUAAGCAAGUCUGCCAGUACGUCGCCGGAGAAAGUCAGAUCCUCAUUUCGACGAACAACAACCUGGCCUCAAACAUCUGUUCCCAGCACUUUGAAUCAGAUUCGAAAGCCGCGUUUCUCAUCCGAGAUGAGGACACCACUGAGCUCGAAGUCAAUGGUUGGAUCCCUUUGACAAGUUGCAAAUUUUCCCCGAAGAUCACUGGCAUUGUGCUUGGGGCGACAUCUUGCAACUAA